AUGAACGCCCCAUCCACUCCAGGGUCGUCCAAGGCCCCCGAGACCAAUGGCGUCGGUGCACAGGGCUUUCGCCCACAGGUCAACAUGGUCGUCCAGCCACCACGCCAGGAGGACCUCCAAAAGAGCUACGCCAGCAUCGUCGGGACUGACGCCGAUGCCAAAGGCUGGUACGGCAGCAUGAUCAAUACCCUUGGUUCCUGCAUGGGAACCCUGGGUGCUAUUCCGUGCUGCAUCUGUUGCCCCAACCCGUACAAGAACGUCAGCCAGGGCAACGUUGGUCUGGUCACAAAGUUCGGCAAAUUCUACAAGGCAGUCGACCCUGGCCUGGUCAAGAUCAACCCCCUGUCCGAGCGUCUUAUUCAAGUCGACGUCAAGAUACAGAUUGUCGAGGUCCCCAAGCAAGUCUGCAUGACCAAGGACAACGUCAACCUGCACCUCACCAGCGUCAUCUACUACCACAUUGUCAGCCCGCAUAAGGCCGCUUUCGGCAUCACCAACGUCCGCCAGGCCCUGAUCGAGCGUACCCAGACCACCCUGCGCCACGUCGUCGGUGCACGCGUUCUGCAGGAUGUCAUCGAGCGCCGUGAGGAGAUCGCUCAGAGCAUCGGGGAGAUCAUCGAGGAUGUCGCCGCAGGCUGGGGUGUGCAGGUCGAGAGCAUGCUUAUCAAGGACAUUGUCUUCAGCCAAGAGCUGCAGGAGUCGCUGUCUAUGGCUGCUCAGAGCAAGCGUAUCGGUGAAAGCAAGAUCAUUGCCGCUAAGGCUGAGGUCGAGAGCGCCAAGCUCAUGCGUCAAGCCGCCGAUAUUCUGUCUUCUGCACCCGCCAUGCAGAUCCGCUACCUCGAGGCCAUGCAAGCUAUGGCCAAGUCGGCCAAUUCUAAGGUCAUUUUCAUGCCAGGCGCAAGCUCCUCCUCCACAGCUGCCAUGAACGCUGUCGUCAACGACCCCAAGGCCAUCUCUGGCGAGCAGGGCGAGAGCAGCAGCGGCAAGAAUACCUACCAUGACUUUGGAGGUGGGGACCCUUCCUUUCAACAGGCCAUGAACGCUCGUGUCAUUGAGAACAUUUAA